CAUGUGUGUGCGCAGGUUUCGGCGACCUUCGCAGCUUCGCUCGUGACGUCUCCGGCUGUCGGUGCGUACGUCGCCAAGGUCUACAGCGAGAACGUGGUGAUCGCCAUGGCGACGGCCGUGGCGCUGCUCGACGUUCUCUUCAUCAUGGUCGCCGUGCCCGAGUCGCUGACGGAGAAACUGCGGCAGACGGCGUGGGGCGCGCCGAUCUCGUGGGAGCAGGCCGACCCAUUUAACUCGCUACGCAAGGUCAGUCACGACAGUACGAUACUGCUUCUCUGCAUCGCGGUCUUCCUCUCCUACUUACCCGAGGCUGGACAAUACUCGUGCUUCUUCGUCUACUUACGGCUGGUGAGUCGUCAGCUGCGUUAA